AUGAACAGGCCAGCUUGCACUCGGGGCCUAUUCCCGGCAGGGCUUCUGCAGGCGCCGUCGAGGAGCAAUAUGAAAUCAGAAAGCAGUCUGAUGCCAAUGCCGCUGCUAACCGCAUGA